AAUGGAUGGUUCACAUCUAGGUGGCAGCAGUCAUCAAUUAGCCAAAGAUCAAUUGUUGCCAUUGCAACCAUUGGCCCCUCUGCAUCACAACGUCUCAUCAUCAUCACAAUUAUUAUCUCAAACGAGAACCGGAAGUGGACUGCUAUUACGCACCAGUCGAUCACCAUCGGCCACACGCAGUGCCGAGCCAAUGUCCAGAGAGCGUGAACAUCACCGCGGUGAGAGUGCCGACUCAACGAGUUCUGCGGCGCUGGCAUUUGGCAGCAGUUCAGCGGCGGCGGCAGCGGGUAUAGCAGCAUCAUCCAGUGGUGCCAGCAAUAGUGUGGCCACCACCAUGACCGGUAGCAUGGGUAGUGGUGGUGUUGGGGUGGUCGGUGUGACGCCCUAUCGUGGAUUUCGCAGUCAUUCGCCCACAAAUCGUCGCAGUCGGGAACGUAAUCGUACGCAUGCCCGUACACAUGGUUCCGAUCAAGGUGGCCUGUUGGCCUAUGGUGCCAUUGGUGGUGGUAUUCCAUUGAGUGGUGUUGGUUUGGUGGGUGGUGAUAUGGAUGUGGCAUUGGGUAGUACCACAUCAGGUGGUGUUAUAGACGAUACACGGUUGUCAGGUCUUGACGACAUUUGCUAUCAAUCCUUUGCCUCCGAUGAUUUAGAUGCCGGCCAAGGUGCUGAUACCGGCAGUAGUAGUAAAAAACAUCACCGACGUCAUGAAAGAACCUCCAGUCUGCAGGCAUUAGAUCGUCUAAAUACAAAAAUUCAAUGUACAAAGGAGUCGAUACGUAAAGAACAGACAUCACGGGAUGAUAAUGUAAAUGAAUAUCUGAAAUUAGCCGCCAGUGCUGAUAAACAGCAAUUAAUACGAAUAAAGGCCGUUUUUGAGAAAAAGAACCAAAAAAGCGCACAUUCAAUAUCUCAACUGCAAAAGAAACUGGACAACUAUACGAAACGAGUGAAAGAUCUACAGAAUCAACAAUAUCAAACCAAGUCACAGCAUAGACAACCGCGUGAAGUCUUAAGGGACGUGGGCCAAGGUUUAAGACAUGUUGGUGGCAACAUCCGUGAUGGUAUCACUGGAUUUUCAGGGUCUGUUAUGUCCAAACCCCGGGAAUUUGCACAUUUGAUUAAAAAUAAAUUUGGCAGUGCUGAUAAUAUAAAUCAAAUGUCAGAAUCUGAAUUGAAUAACCUAAAUAUGCCUGCGAAUCAAGAAAUGUUUGGUAGUUCAACGCCCAACACUGCCAUACCAAAUGCAUCCACGGGAUCUGGUGGUGGUGGCGGUAUGCUUAAUGCCGGUGGUGCUGGUAGCGGUAAAUUUAAUAGUGAAAAUGGCAGUGAAUGUAGCAGCGUCACCAGUGAGAGCAUACCAGCGGGCUCUGGAAAAAGUCAAUCGGGUGCCAGCCAAUAUCACAUUGUAUUAAAAUCUCUUUUAACCGAAUUGGCCGAACGUAAGGCUGAAAUAGAAAAACUAACCGAACGUGUUGAACGUUUAGAGAAUGCUCAAAAGGAAUUUAAUAACUUAACUGCAACACUGGAAGGUGAACGAUAUCGUGCUGAAAGUCUGGAGGAACAAAUUAAUGAUCUGACGGAAUUACAUCAGAACGAAAUUGAGAAUCUAAAACAAACCAUUGCCGAUAUGGAGGAGAAGGUUCAAUAUCAAAGCGAUGAACGUCUGCAGGAUGUUAAUGAAGUUUUAGAAAAUUGUCAAACUAGAAUUUCCAAAAUGGAACAUUUAUCCCAACAACAAUACGUAACUGUUGAAGGUAUCGAUAAUUCGAAUGCCCGUGCUUUAGUUGUGAAAUUAAUUAAUGUUGUACUGACCAUACUGCAAGUUGUACUGCUGCUGGUUGCCACAGCGGCCGGUAUUAUAAUGCCGUUUUUGAAGACAAGAGUCCGUGUACUGACAACAUUCUUAUCGAUAUUCAUUAUAAUUUGUGUGAUACGUCAAUGGCCUGAUGUUCAGGACAUUGGCGCCGGUUUACUGCGUCAUUUAAAACAGUCUUUGGUUGUUAAAUAGAUAUAUAUUUAUAUA